CACGUCAGCAGCGACAUGUCAGCAGACCACAUCAGCAGACCACGUCGGCAGGCCACGUCAGCAGUGACACAUCAGCAGCAGGCCACGUCAGCAGUGACACAUCAGCAGCAGACCACAUCAGCGGGCCACAACAGCAGCCGAGCAGUGCCACGUCAGCAGCAGGGGGUGCCGCGUCAGCAGUCCCCCAGCCUGGUCUAUGCUCACGCGCUCACAAACAGUCGGCAUGGACCAGAAGUCCGGAGAAACGGCUGCAGCCUAUCAGGCCCGGAUGCUGGCUUUGAUUACCGAAGCCAAGCACCAGGCGGAUGCAGCAGCAGCCGCAGAGAAGAAGAAGACGGAGGACGCCGAAAAGGCACGUCUGUUGGCGAUCGAACAGCAGCGCCAGCACGACGAGGCAGCAGCAAAGGCUGCCGAUAAGGAACGGAAUCAGCGACGCAAGAAGGUGUUCAGCGAGGAGCGACCCUUGCUCACUGUGGCAGCGGCAUGGUGGACCGAGGCCGAAGGGAGCGAAUUCAGCGACAGCGGACCACGCAUCUCGCUGUUGCUCUCCCACCUCACGGAUCUCCAGGCAACGCGCAUUGCACAGCAGGAGGACAUCCAUAGCCUCGGCGACACGGUAAGGAACCAGCAACGGACGUUAGAUCAAGUCAACGGCCGCCUUCAGCAGCUGGAGCAACGACCGGUCGCCGCCCCCGUGGCCAGCACCUCCAACACCUCCGACCGACUCAACGCAUUAAAAGUCGACGUCAGCGUACUCAAGGACGGCAUGCAGCUACAACAAACCGUGACUCAACAACUUGAGCAGCGGAUCUGCACUGCCGCCACUCACCCGGGCACGUCACAACGCGAAUCGACUCCGAAGUUCGACAGUCAGGAGAUCUUUUGCGACGCAACAAAGACGAACCCGAUUCCUUGGUUCCGCCAGUUCGAGCUCAAGUUGCAGCUCCACCACGUCCCGGAAACAAAGCACCUCGCGUACUUGUACUCCCGAUCGGGGGGGGGCGUGCCAAGCAUGGUUGGACAACCUCUUGUCGAAAUACGGCGUGGUGGCGACCGACUUGCAUACCAAGAUCAACUGGGCGGAUCUGAAGGCAGCAUGGCAUAAGCGGUUCCAGAUCGAGCCGUCGGAAAUGAAAGCCAUGGACAAGC